UCGGCUCGUUCAGCGCAGCGGGUUUGUGGACACUUCCAACGUCUGUACUUUACCAGAGUUUGGGGUCCAUUUACUGCUAUUUUCCAGGGGGUGUAGCGUCAGGGGGAGAUGGCGGCCGUCCUGCUUCAAGUCCUGGAGCGGACAGAGUUGAAUAAACUCCCGAAAGGCGCCCAGAACAAGCUCGAGAAGUUUGUAACGGAGCUGCAAAAUGCUAACGAGGAGCUCCGGACGCAGCACGAGCGGUUCAAAGCGGACAGCGAGCAGCAGUACUUUGACAUUGACAAGAGGCUGGCGGAGAGUCAGGAACAGAUCCUGUCUGCCACCAGGGACGUGCAGACGCUCAAGGAGGACAAUAGGAAGCUCAACGAAGAGCUGAGCGCCCUGAAGGGAAUCGAGGGAGAGACCCCUGAAGACAAACCACCACAGCAGCAAACCAAGGCCAAGUAUGAGAUCGAGGCAGAGAAGAGAGAGCUGGCGAGGCUCCUGGAGAAGAAAACGCAGGAGGCGGAAAACCUCACUGCGACUGUGAUGGGUCUGAAUGAGAAGCUGGCCGAGACCAGCAAAGUGAAGACGGAGCUGCAGCUCCAACUGGACGGCAUCCAGUCCUCUGUGGCUUCUGUGCAGCACCGGGAGACGCGCAUGGAGCAGGAGAAGGAGCUGCACGAGAAGAAGAUGGAGUGGCUGACCGCGGAACUGAAGACCAAAACUGAAGAGCUGUUGACCACCACCAGGGAGAAAGGGACCGAGAUCCUGGAGCUGCAGGGGGUCCAGAAGAACAGCAAGGAGCAGGUGGCCAGGCUGGAAGGACAGCUGGCGUCUCUGAAGCAAACCGGCGAGAGCCAGAACCGGAGAGCCGAGGACCUGAACAGCAAACUGAAGCAGGCUAAAGACGAGCAGAGCGCCAUGGAGGAGAAAUACCGCAACGAGCUGAACGCCAACGUCAAGCUGUGUUCCCUCUACAAGGGGGCAGCAACCGACACGGAGAUGAAGAAUCAAGAGCUGAGCAGAGCCGUGGAGGAGCUUAGCAAGCUGGUUAAAGACACCGGGGAAGCCAAUAAGACUCUGGAAAAGAAGCUGUCGGACGGGGCGGAGCUAAAGACGCGGCUGGAGGCGGAGCUUCAAGAGAAGAUCGUGAAAAUGGAGACGGAGCUGGAAAACAGCAUGUUGAAAGCUUCCGGCAAACACUGCUGUGCGCCCUCUCUGACCGAGGAGGAGCUGGACUCCAUGUGUCCGUCGGCGGCGGCCAUCGCUGCCAUCGUCAAGCCCGGCAUGAAGUUCUUUGAACUGUACAACGCCUACGCCGAGUGCCAGAAGCAGCUGCAGCUGCAGCGGCAGGAGAGCCAGUGCGCGAACCGCGUCCUGGACGAGAUCGUCCUGGAGGUGGAGGCCAAGGCCCCGGUGCUCCGGCGCCAGAGGGAGGAGUACGAGAGCAUGCAGAGGUCCAUGGCCUCGCUGUGCAACAAGCUGGAGCAGGCCCGCACGGAGAUCUACAGCCUGCAGAGAGAGAGAGAGGAGGCCAAGCAGCGCUGUGACGGCAUGGAGAGAGACAAGCUGAGGACAGAGAGACACAUGGAGGACACGUCCAAACAGGUGUGCACCCUCCUGGUGCAGCUGGAGGAAGCCAGAGGCAACCAGGUGACCAGGGAGGACGGCAGCUCCGCCAGCAUCUCCAGCACCUCUGAGGUCAUCAGUCCGCGCCAGCUGUCUUUCCGCAGCGUGGAGGAGCUGCAGAGGCAGAACCAGAGCCUGCUGAGGCGGCUGAGGGAGCUGGAGGAGGAGAAGGAGCGGCAGCAGAGCCAGAGGACGGCGGCGUGCGUGUCGGAGCUGGAGGCCGGCGUGGCCGCGCUGCAGAAGGAGGCGGAGCAGCUGCGGGAGCAGAGGAACCAGCAGAAGCAGCUGGCCGACUCCAGCGCCCGGCAGAGGGACAUGUACAAGGCCCUGCUGACGCAGAGCACCGGCUUCAGCCUGCCGCCUCAGGCAGGUUCUGACUCUCCCUCCCACCCUUCACCCGUUAAACCGCCGACGGUGCCGCCCCCCCGCUCCACCCCCCAGAGAGCCGCCGCCGAGUCGGCACAGAACACUCAGGCCAGGGCGGCGCUGAAACAGCUGAGCGACGCCUUCACGCUCUACAAGAAGGAGAAGGCGGAGAACGACCGCAUGCUGAACGACGCCAACGACCGGCUGCAGAGGCAGCUGACGGAGCUGCGCUCCAGCCACGCCAGGCUCACCUCGCAGCUGGAGUUCAGCAGCAAGAGGUACGAGAUGCUCCAGGAGACGGUGUCGGCCUACCGCAGGGAGAUCUCCGCCCUGCAGGACCGCAACCAGAAGAUGGCCGCCACCACCCAACGGCACGAGCACAUCAUCCACACGAUGAGCCAGGACCUGAGACAGGCCAAUGAGAAGCUGGCGCUGGAGGAGGUGCGCGUGGAGAACUUGACCAAAGAGAGAGACCUGUUGAGACGAGCAGAGAGUCGACUCGGGCGAGAGAAGGAGGCCGUGCUGUCCGAGCAGCGGAACCAGAACCUGCUGCUCGUCAACCUCAAGUCCAUCCAGCUGACGAUGGAGCGGACGGAGACUCAGACUCACCAGCGGCUGGACGACAAGAUCGAGCACCUGGAGGCGGAAGUGUCUUCGAUGAAGACCAGGCUGGACCAGGAAGUGGCACAGAGACACGCCCUCGGGCGCACCAUGGACGCCCAGCUGCUGGAAGCCAAGAAACAGCUGGAGACCCAGAACACCUUGCAGCAGAAGACCAGGGAGCUGCUGCACGGUGCUGAGCAGCAGGUGGCGGCGCUGAAGGCUCAGCUGGCUUUCGCUUCAUCCUCCGAGGCCACCACCACCACCACCCCGGCUUCCAGAGCCGCGGCCCUCCGAGCACCACUCCGAGUGCGCUCUCCGGUGCCGGCGGCUUCCCAGCAGCUCGGCCAAUCGGAGCAGGAGCUGGCGGAGGUGAAUGGCCUCCUGCGUACCGCCGAGGAGCAGAAGGCGGAACUGGCGGAGCAGCUGAAGAACGCCAACGCCUCCGUGGAGCAGUACCGGGCCGUGGUGCUGACGCUGGAGGACAGUCUGAAGAAGGAGAAGGAGUCCCACUGCCCUCUGGAGGUCCGGCUGAAGGAGUCCGAGGAGGUGCAGAAUCAGCUGGACAAGAGGAUUCUGGAGGGGGAGAAAAUGAGGCAGCAGGAGAGAGAGGAGAGGAGGAAGGCCGUGGAGGCCGUAGAAAAACAGGUGUGUGAGCUGCAGCGCAGUCUGAAGCUGAGCCAGACGGAGCAGCAGGAAGCGCUGGAGAGAUCAACAGCUGCUGUCACCCUGGAGCAGAAGGCCAUACAGGACAGCCUGUUGCAGACGAAGCUGGCUGGAGAGGCUCAGGCCAAGUACGAGCGUGAGCUCAUGCUUCACGCCGCGGACGUGGAGGCGCUGCAGGAGCUGAAGAAGAGAUCCCAGCAGGACGCGGCGCGGAGGAGGGAGCUGGAGGAGCAGCUGAGCAAGACCUUGGGCCUCCUGCAGGAGAGAACCGCGGCCCUGAACGCGGCGGAGAGGACGCUGAAGGAGGAUCUGACCAAUAAGACGCGCCGCUGUGCGGAGCUGGGCAAGCAGAACACUCUGCUGCACCAGCAGAUGGAUGACAUGGCCACCAGGGGGCGCCAGCAGCAGCAGCAGCCGGACCUGUCCUUCAGUGAGGAGGGGAAGACCACCGAGCAGAUACUGGAGAUCCUCAGGUUUGUGCGGCGCGAUAAGGAGAUCGCCCUGGCUCAGUGCGAGGCGUCGGACGGAGAGGCGUCUCGCUACAAACAGCGAGUGGAGCAUCAAGACCGAGAGCUGAAGGAGCUUCAGGAAGCCCUGAACGCCGAGAGGGAGAAGAUGCAGGAGACAGCCAAGACUCUGGCCCAGCAGGAGGAGCAGCUCAAGAAGAUGGAGAUCAUCAGCACUCUGCAGGAGAGCACCCGGAUCCUGAAGAUGGACCGAGAUAAACUGCAACAGGAGCUCCAGCAAGCCCAGGCUAAGGUCGCCAAGCUGCAGUCGGACAUCAGCCCACUGCAUCACUCCCUGUCCAUGCUGUCGGAGAAGAACGGCUCCAUGCAGGCGGACAAGAGGAUACUGGAGGAGGACCUGAAGCGCUGGAAGGCCAGAGCACAGCAACUGGUCAGCCAGCAGAAAGAUGGCGAUGUGGAGGAGCGACAGAAACUCUCCAGCGAGAGAGAAGCUCAGCAGAGACGCAUCACACAACUCGCUGAGGAGACGGGCCGGCUGAAGGCGGAGCUGGCCAGAACCAGCGUCAGCAGCAACUCGGCUCAGUCCCAGCUGCAGGGCUUCAGAGACUCGGUGGCCCGUCUGAGCUCGGAGAGAGACACUCUGAAGAAGGACAUGGAGACCAAAAACAAGGACAUUCUGGAGAAGAACAAGACCAUCACCCAGGUCAAGAAGAUCGGACGGCGCUACAAGACUCAGUACGACGAGCUCAAAGCCCAGCACGACAAGCUGGUUCAGGACACGGCCGCUAAAGCAGGAAGCGAGGCGGCACCGAGCCAGGAGGUGCAGCAGGACGUGACUAAAGCCCAGGAGGAGCUCAAGAAGACCGUAGAGGAGCUCGGCGCUCUGAAGGAGGAGGCGCGCAAAAAGCUGGAGGAGGCCCAGAAGACGCAGCAGGAGCUGGAGGAGGCCAAGAAGGAAACCCAGCAGAGCAAGGACAAGAUCCAGGAGGUCCAGAACCAGCUGACGCAGAAACAGAACCAGCUGACGCAGGUCCAGUCCCAGUUGUCCCAGAUCCAGACUCAACUGCAACAGAACCAGAACCAGCUGACACAAAGUCAGAAGGAGCUUCAGCAAGCCAAGACUCACAGCCUGCAGGUACACAACCAGCUGAAGUCGGCCCAGUCUAUAUCCCAGGCCCGUCUCAACCAGAUCCAGCAGGCUAAAGACGGCCUCCAGCAGCUCCAGAAGACCCAGCAGAGCAGUCAGCAGAGCCACAACCAGGAAGUGGGCAACCUCAAGACGGCUCUGAGCCAAUCAGAGAGCAAGGUGACGGAGCUUCAGGGACACCUGGAGGGCCAGCAGAAGCUGCUGGGCGAACGCGAGGCGGAGGUCAAGCGUCUGCAGGAGCAGCUGACGGAGGCCAAGCGGGCCGGCGACGCCACGUCGGCCAAUCGGAGCCAGAGCUCCCAGUCAGGGGACGCCAACGCUGCCGGAGACGUCAAUCCAGCGCUCCACGAGGAGCUGGCACAACUCAGACAAGAGCUGUCGGACAGCAAGACCACCGAGGAGCAGCUCCGGAAGCAGAUCGCCGAGAAAGAGGAGAAGACGAAGAAGGUCUUCAUGGGAGCCAAGACUAAGAUCAACCAGCUGAACGGUGCCAAGGAGCGUCUGAGUCAGGAGGUGGCGGAGGCCAAGCAGAGCAGAGAGGAGCAGGAGGGCCGGAUGAACGCCCUCAAGUCUCAGUACGAGGGGCGGCUGCUCCGCCUGGACCGGGAGCUGAGGGAGCUGAGGGAGAGCCACGCCCACCCGGAGCCCCGGGAGGAGCCGCAAGACCAGGGCGGGGCCAAGGGGGGCGAUCAGACCAGGUGUGCAGACCAGAGGCAGGUCUCUCUGAAGAGUCCCUCCCAGGACAGAGCCAGCUCCAGCAUGUCUGACCCGCCCACGGCCAACAUCCGCCCCACCACGAGCACGCCGUCGCCCAGCGGCAAGCCCAGCCCCUCCCCCGGGAGCAAGGCCACGCCCCGGGCCAGCAUCCGGCCAAUGGUUACCGAGGCAACCGUCCCCGUCCCGACACCCACCGCCACCGUGAUGCCGACCACGCAGAGUGACAGCCAAGAGGCGCCGAUGAGUUCAGGGACCUCCGUCCACUCCACCUGCUCCGGGCUGGUGACCGUGUCAAUGAAUCAGCCAACCAGCUCCCAGGUCACGGCCUUUGUCCAGCCCACUCAGCAGCAGGCGGCCAAUCAGGACGCGGCCAUGGAAGCGGAGCGGCCGUCCACGUCGUCGUCCCUGAGCGGAACAGUUGGUUCAAAGCGCAUGAGAGAGGAAGUGGACUUGGAGGAGAAGAGUUCCAGACCAGAGAGUUCUCAAGUGCCACCGACCACCAAAAAGCUACGACUGAAACCAACGAUAUCGCUGCAGAUGGAGGGCGAUGAGGAUGUUGAGCGGGAGCUGAGGGAGGAACCACAGGACUCGCCGGACGACAGUCAGUGGUUUAAGAUUCUCAGAAACGGGUUUGGGCUGCAGGAACUUCCCGAGGAUUGUUUCCCCGCGCUCGCCGAAGAGGACGAGGAUGUGGAGGAAGGGGGCGUGUCCCAGUCCGUCCCCUCUGAGCUGAUGUCCUCUCAGGACUCCGCCUCCGGCGCCGUCGUUCUGGACGUCAUCGUGAUCGACACGGACAGCGAGAGCCACGAGAGCAAAGAGGGGGAGGAGCAGCCAGAGGAUGACGAUGGAGAGGAAGAUGAGGAGGAGGAGGAAGAAGAAGACGAUGAUGAUGACGAUGACGACGGGUACAAGGAGGAGGUGGAGGAUGGCGAUGAAGACGAGGAUGAUGCUGGCGACUGCGCGAUGAUGGAAGGAGAUGAGGAGAGACAGAGGGCCGAAGAAGAGGGAAGGGCGCGUGAGCCGUCCAACCCCGAGGAGACCGCGUGCGGAGCGUCCUCCGACGCGUCGCACAGCGGCGAGGUCUGCAGCGGCCCCACGUCCGAGUCCGACGCCCCCAGAGACCACGUGCACUUCUCCCCGACCCCCUCUGCACCCUCCCACUCCUCCCCCUCCUCCUCCUCCUCCCUCACGCCCCGCCUCCCCCACCCGCGUAGGCCCCCGCAUCCCCUCCCACCGCGGCUCUACAUCCAACCGCCGGCUCCGGAGUUGGGACCCCCGCACACUCAGAGACAAUCCUCUCAGCUGCGCAGACCGUCGGUGGGACGCGGCCCUCAGCUGACCCCUGGAAUCGGCAGCAUGCAACAUUUCUUUGAUGAUGACGACAGGAUGGUUCCCAGUACUCCCACUCUGGUGGUCCCUCACCGCACCGAUGGCUUUGCUGAGGCUAUACAUUCUCCUCAGGUGGCCGGUCUGUCCACCAGGUUCAGGUUUGGACCGCCAGAGGACCUGAUGCCUCAGACAUCAGCCUCACACUCUGACCUGGGCCAGCUGGCCUCUCAAGGAGGUCUGGGGAUGUACGAGUCGCCUCUGUUCCUGGCCGCUCACGAUGAAGACGGAGGAGGACGGAGUGUCCCUACCACACCGUUACAGGUGGCGGCACCAGUGACGGUGUUCACGGAGUCCCUGCCCUCGGACAGUGGCGACAACAUGGCGUCCCAGUCUGUUCCCAUGGUAACCACCUCCACCGGGAUGGCUUCUGCUGCGGAUGAUGGAGAUGAAGUCUUCAUGGAGCACGAGGGAGACGGUCCUGGUGUUGAAUCCUCUUUGGAGAGCCACGCAGACACGGAGUCGACGGGGCAGCAGAGUGACGACUCAUCACUGGCGUCCACCAGCCAGGACCCCGACGGCGGCGGCGCCACUCAGCGGCGCGGCGCGCCCGGUCUGACGAGCAUCCCGCCCACCAGAGGAACCUCCAGGGGGGGCAGAGGGGGGCGGGGCGAGGCCCGCACGCUGCUCAGCCGCAGAGGCACUUCCUUUCGGGGAGGAAGGGGAGGAGCCAUGGGCAGAGGGGGCUUCGCCUGAUGUCACCAGUGGAAACCCGGCCGUCUCGUCCAAAAAGGGAGAUGAGAGACGACGCUUACUGCCCCACUUUAUUGUUCUCCGGAUACAUUGUUGGAGUUUUUAGUCGUUUAUUCUGUUUCACAUUUAUCCGUGAGAGAGUUGUACUUCUGUUAGUAUCUUCAUGUUGGGCAACCUUUGAGCCGUUGAUAGGCUUGUUUUAAUAAUAAAGCUUUGAGUCGC